CGAGGACACGCUGCCGCGGUCAGUGCGGGGCUGCGCGGCGCACUGGCACCGACCCUGCUGUGGAGGACUCGAUGGCAGGGGCUCAGCCAGGAGUCCACGCGCUGCAGCUCAAGCCGGUGUCCGUGCCCGAGAGCCUCAGACGGGGCAACAAAUUCAUGAAAUGGGACGAUGACUCCACCACUGUGAGCCCCGUGACGGUAACCGUCGACCCCAAAGGCUACUUCCUGUACUGGACGGACCAGAACAAGGAGACCGACUUACUGGACGUAGCGUACAUCAAAGAUGCCCGCAAUGGAAAAUGCACCAAAACGCCAAAGGAGGCGAAGCUGCGCGAGCUGCUGGACGUCAGCACGCUGGCGGGAAAGAUGGAGAACAGGAUGCUGACGGUGGUGAGCGGCACCGACAUGGUCAGUGUCACAUACCUGAACUUCAUGGCCUUCCAGGAGGAGACAGCCAAGGAAUGGGCGGAGGAGCUGUUCAGCCUGGCUUCCAACCUGCUGGUGCAAAACAUGUCCAGAGAGGCCUGCCUGGAAAAAGCAUACACGCGACUCAAGCUGCAACUCAACCCUGAAGGUCGAAUCCCCGUCAAGAACAUCUUCAGGAUAUUCUCGUCGGACCGCAAGCGGGUGGAGACGGCGUUGGAAAACUGCAACCUUCCGUCCGGCAGAAAUGACUCCAUCCCCCAAGAAGACUUCACGCCAGAGGUGUACAACCUGUUCCUCAGCAACAUCUGCGCUCGGCCCGAGCUGGACCACAUCUUCUCGGACGUGGGGGCAAAGAGUCAUCCGUACCUGAGCGUGGAGCAGAUGACGGAGUUCAUCAACAGCAAGCAGCGAGACCCCCGACUCAACGAGAUCCUGUACCCGCCCCUUAAGCCCGAGCAGGUCCAACAGCUGCUGGACAAAUACGAACCCGACGCCGCACUCGCGCAGAACGGUCAGAUCUCGGUGGAGGGCUUCGCGAGGUACCUGAACGGCGAGGAAAACAGCAUCAUCCCCCCGGAGAAGCUGGACCAGAGCGAAGACAUGACCUUUCCCCUCUCACACUAUUUCAUCAACUCCUCGCACAACACUUACCUCACAGCGGGGCAGCUUGCGGGCAACUCGUCUGUGGAGAUGUACAAGCAGGUGCUUCUGUCCGGCUGCCGCUGCAUCGAGCUGGACUGCUGGAAGGGACGCACCGCAGAAGAAGAGCCCGUCAUCACUCACGGCUUCACCAUGACUACCGAGGUCUCCUUUAAGGAGGUGAUCGAGGCCAUCGCAGAGUGUGCCUUUAAGACCUCGCCCUUUCCCGUCAUCUUGUCUUUCGAGAACCACGUGGACUCACCCAAGCAGCAGGCCAAGAUGGCCGAGUACUGCCGCUCGAUAUUUGGUGACGCUUUGCUGACGGAACCUCUAGAGAAAUAUCCCUUGGAGUCCGGUGCGCCUCUGCCAAGCCCGAUGGAACUGAUGGGCAAGAUCCUGGUGAAGAACAAAAAGAAGCACCACAAGGCCUCGUCGGACGGCAGCGCCAAGAAGAAGCUGUCAGAGCAGGUGUCCAACACCUACAGCGACUCGUCCAGCGUUUGCGAGCCGUCCUCGCCCGGAGCCGGUUCCACAAAGGAGGAUGUGACUGAGUCCUCCCAGCCAGCAGAGGGCGCCGAGCUCAGCCUGAGGCCACAGGGAAGGAAGUCCAUCGGUGAGGUGGAGGCUGAAAGCGAGGACGAAGACGACGACGACGAUGACUGCAAAAAGGGAUCCAUGGACGAGGGCACGGCGGGCAGCGAGGCGUUCGCCACUGUGGAAAUGUCCAACCUGGUUAUCUACAUCCAGCCUGUCAAGUUUAACAGCUUUGAGGCUUCCAAAAAGGCAAGUCGCAGCUACCAGAUGUCGUCCUUUGUGGAGACCAAAGCUUUGGAGCAGCUCACCAAGUCUCCCGUGGAGUUUGUGGAAUACAACAAACUGCAGCUGAGCAGGAUUUACCCUAAAGGCACCCGAGUGGACUCGUCCAACUACAACCCGCAACUCUUCUGGAACGCCGGCUGCCAGCUGGUGGCGCUCAACUUCCAGACCGUCGAUCUGUCCAUGCAGCUCAACCUGGGCAUGUACGAGUACAACGGCAAGUCGGGCUUCCGGCUCAAACCGGAGUUCAUGAGGCGCCCCGACAAGCACUUCGAUCCUUUUACCGAGAGCACGGUGGACGGAAUAGUCGCCAACACGCUCUCCGUCAAGAUCAUCUCGGGCCAGUUCCUGUCAGACAAGAAAGUGGGCACCUAUGUGGAGAUGGACAUGUUCGGCCUUCCGGUGGACACCAAGCGCAAAGCCUUCAAGACCAAAACGUCGCAGGGCAACGCCGUCAACCCCGUGUGGGACGAGGAGCCCAUCGUCUUCAAGAAGGUGGUCCUGCCCACCCUGGCCUCGCUCAGGAUCGCCGUCUUCGAGGAGGGCGGGAAGUUCAUAGGGCACCGCAUCAUACCCGUGUCGGCCAUACGGCCAGGUUAUCAUUACAUCAACCUGAGGAACGAGAAGAACCAAACGUUGACUCUUCCUGCCCUCUUCGUCUACGUGGAAGUCAAAGAUUAUGUUCCCGACACGUUUGCAGACGUCAUCGAGGCUCUGUCCAACCCGAUCCGCUACGUCAACCUGAUGGAACAGAGAGCCAAUCAGCUGGCUGCUCUCACCCUGGAGGAGGGCGGGGACGACGAGGCCGACAAGGAGGUGGAGGCGGGUAGCGACCCCCCCUCAGAGUCCAAGGCGGACCCCAGGGCCGCGGUGCCGGCCGAGAACGGACUGAGCCACGCCCCUUUUGUGCCCAAGCCCCCGUCGCUGGUGGGACAGCAGCCUCAAUCUGCAGGAUCUUUGAAACCUCCUGUGAAGACGGAGGACAUCAUCCAGAGCGUCCUCACCGAAGUGGAAGCCCUGACGCUGGAGGAGCUGAAGCAGCUCAAGGGCUUCGUACGCGAACAACGGAAGCAGUACAAGGAGAUGAAGGAGCUGGUGCGCAAACACCACCGCAAGACGGGCGAGCUCAUCAAGGAGCACACGGCGCGCGUGGGCGAGCUGCAGAGCCAGCAGCAGCGGAGGCGCAGCGCCCUGCACAAGAACCACAAACGAGAUGGUAAGAAAAGCCGGUCGGAACAGUCGCUGUCCACGCUGGACCGCGAGCUGUGCGAUCUGGACCAGGACUGUGGCCGGCGUCUGUCUGAGCUGAAGGAGCAGCAACAGCAGCAGCUCCUCACGCUGCGCCAGGAGCAGUACUACAGCGAGAAGUACCAGAAGAGAGAGCACAUCAAGCAGCUGGUGGAGAAGCUGACCGCCCUGGCCGAGGAGUGUCAGAGUGCGCAGCUGAAAAAGCUGAGAGACAUCUGCGAAAAGGAGAAGAAGGACCUGAAGAAGAAAAUGGACAAGAAGAGACAAGAGAAGAUCAGCGAAGCCAAGUCCAAAGACAAGAACGUCACAGAGGAAGAGAAGCUGGAGAUAAACAGGUCGUUUGUCAACGAGGUGGUGCAGUACAUAAAACGGCUGGAGGACGCGCAGAGUAAACGGCAGGAGCGUCUGCAGGAGAAACACAAGGACAUACGACAGCAGAUUUUGGAUGAAAGGCCAAAGCUGCAGAGUGACCUGGACCAGGAGUACCAAGACAAGUUCCGCCGGCUGCCCGUGGAGAUCCAGGAAUUCGUCCAGGACAGCGGCAAGGCCAACCCGGCCGCUCCCUCCUCCUCCUCCUCCGCCGCCUCCACGGCCGAGCGGCUCAACCACAAAGCGUCGCAGUCGGAGGACGACACCGAGGAAGCCUCGCUGGAGCGGGGCUACGACACGCCCCUUUAGAGACGCACAUAGCGUGUGUUUGCCGACCCAUCGUAGGACUCAGUGUGGUGAGUAACGGUGGUCCGGACCCCCGUGUACAUAGUGACUUUGUUGUAUUUGUACGUCACCUGUGUGUUGUCGACGCUAUUUGGGUGCGACCACAGUUUGUGUCACUAACUAUUGAAGGAAUAACUUACUUGAACGAUUGCACAUUUUCCUUUUCCAUCAUGUUGAUGUCUGGUCAUCAUUUACUUCUCUAAUGUGUUUUUUCUUUGGGGGGGGUUUGCACUGAUCGCUCACCUCCCGAUAUAGUGACCCGGAAUAAUUUUAUUUUCGUUCUCACGAAACGACGCUGCUAUUUCCUUUCAGUGCCACCAUUUUACAACCGAUCGAUGUUGUCUGUGCAAAUGUUUGAUUUGGCCAGGAUGUGUACAGUUUCUGCAUGUACUCAAACUAACUGUAGAUGUAACGGUAGCUCUGUAGCAGUCGAUUUGAAAGGCGGGAUGACUAAAUGAAUUACAACAAAUAUUCAAGCAUGUAGUAUUUUUUUUUUUUUGUGGACCGUCUUCAUACAGUGAACCCCCCGCAUAUUUGUCGUACGGGGUUUGAGAAUUCAGCUAUUUGGUGAACCCAUUUUUCGCUGCUUUUGUGUUCAGGCAAGGAAGUGUUAAAGUGAGUUGAGGAGUUUCAUUUAGACAAAAGUAGUCCAUUGUCGCCAUCUUGUGGCAUCUGUCAGCAAUUACAAGCCCUUUUGUGGCAGUUACUUGCAGAUUUUCGCUACCAAUAUCUAAUUCAGUGUGUCCUACACAUAUAUGGCUAUUUGACACAUAUUUUACAUGAGGGAAAUCUCACGAAACAACACAAAACAAAACAAAAAUACUGGUUUAAUUUUAAUUUAAUUGUCAUUUAAAUCAUUUAAUUGUUCUGUCUGUCACUAUACAUUGCUGGCACACUAUUUUUUAUAAACAAAUGAUUGAAAAGAUUAUAAUAAUUUCCUGCGGCACACCUGAUGAUAUUUCACAGCAUUUUGCAGUGCUUUUGAAUCAGUGAUCUAAUAUAUUAUAAUAAUAAAAUUUAAUUAAUUUUAUUUAAUUUUAAUUCCGUAUUAUAAAAGUGACUCAGUAACUGCAGUAAUAUUUGUCAUUUUUUCACAAAGGAUAAAAAAAAAUAUGCCUGCAAGUAUUGUCAUAGUCUGUCUACAUAUGCUGCUCCACUGUUUGUGUUCAAAUAUUCGUUGCAUAAAGCGGUAUAACGCCACCACAUAGAUCCUUUUCGUUUGCCCGUCUGUGGCAUUUCCCAUAAUGUGUUGAUUGUUCUCUAUUUUGUGAAGUGAGUUGAGUUCACUGCCACCAUCCAAGGCUUGUAUCGCACAUUUUUGGCUCUCAAGUCAAAGCUCUUAUAUCUCAAGGCACCACUGUACCACAUUUAAUUCACAAUUAAAACACCCAAACCAAAACAAACAAAUGGGAUAUAACAAAUAAAAAGUUAUCCAUUUCAAAAAAUUCAAAUACCAGCCCCCAUUCAGGCAAAUGAAGAACUGACAGGAACAACAGGAAAAGAUAGUCUGAAAGACACUUGCCAUGGUAAUGAUUUCAAAAAGAACAGUACAGGGAUUGUGAGACUUGACUUAUCUGAAUAAAAUAUAAAAUGCCUCUCUAGAAUAGAGUAAAAACAAGGCCCCCGGGCACUGCCCCUUCAGAAUAACGGCCUCCAAAAAUACAUGGGGGGGACAAGCUGACACCAUUUGAAAGUGGUUGAUUUCAUUUCAUCAACUACAAAUGAAAUGAUGUCACUUUUCAACUCCUAAUAAUACUAAAAAGCCAACUUCAUCUAAGAGCAACAGUCAGAAUUGUUCAUGUUUUUGUGACUGUUUGACGGAUUUCAUUUGAUAUUCCAUCUGUUUUUAAAAUAUACAAGUAUAUAUCAUGCCGGCACAGUAGAAAACAAAAGGACUCUUUCAGUGGCUGAACGUAUGACAAGUCCCGUGCCUUUUUUUUGCAUCCGUUUGCCUUGUUGUGAUGUUGAAUGUGUGGAAUGCGUCCCGCUGUUAUUAUUAUAAAAAUGAUGAAGAAUCUGUGUGAUAUUUAAUACUUUGGUACCACUACUGACAGAGUAACACUUGUGGAAAAGCAGUAUGAGAUUGUGACCACAAAAGCGAAGGGGGGGGAAAAAAAACAGCCUUUUUAUUCAUUUAGUUACUAAUUUAUGCAACGUCUUGACUGACUACUUGAUUUAAAGCGUCACUCCUCCGCUACUGCAUUUGAACGUGUAUGCACUCUGGAAUUGUAAAUGUGUGUGUGUAUAUAUAUAUAUAUAUAUAUAUAUAUAUAUAUAUAUAUAUAUAUAUAUAUAUAUGUGUGUAUGAAGACAUAUACAUAUGUAUGGCGUAAAAGCGAAAACAUGACGUGGAUCAAAUAACAGUAUCAUGUAAAGAAAAUUUGUUUGUAAUUAAAAAUAA